GUGGCGUCUUCUCGGGCCUUGCGGGUCGCGCUCAACGGAGACCCUCGGCGGGCCGGUGGAGGGGGCCUGGACAGGAGGUCCCGGCACGUGUCCUCGGCAACGCAGCCCCGCGGCGUCCCCGGCCCACCCGACGGCACCCGGUCCGCGUGGCGCCCGGCAUGAGGAACACGAGCAAGGAGCUGCAGGGCGCGGCCGGCCGCUACGCCCCCUGCGACUGGUAUUACCACCUUCCUGUGAAGCAGUCUGACAAGCCCGUGGAUGUCCCUCCGGCCUCCCAGAUCCCAGGCCUCAGUGAUCUGAGGGAGCCUCCCAACGGGCACCUGCCUGGGUCCCGGAGGUACUGGGUAAAAGAAACAGACUCUGAGUACGUAAAGCUUGCAAAGCAAGGCGGCCGGCCCGAUCUGUUGAAGCACUUCGUCCCCGGGACCAGGAAAGGCUCCCCGGUGGCCUACUCCUUGCCGGACUGGUACGUCCACCACAGCAAGCCGCCCACGGCAGAGCAGAGACAGAUCCCCGCUGUUUCCAUGCCUGAUUACAUGGUUUACGAAGAGUUUAACCCCCAGCAGAGCAACGGAAGCUAUGAGUCCAGGAGGGGGCCUUUCGACUUUGACGUGAAAACGGUUUGGCAGAGGGAAGCCGAGGACCGUGAGAAGGAGAAGAAAAAGGUGAGGCUCCCAGCCAUUAACUCAAAGUACCUGAGCAAAGUGGGCACCCCGCUCGGCCCCAAAGACCCUGCAGGAGGCAAACUCUCCUUUCCUCCCAUGCCUGGUCAAAAAGCCAGUUCACCCACAAACUUUUCCAAACUUAUCAGCAACGGCUAUAAGGAUGAGUGGCUACAGCGAGCUGACUCAGAGAAGAGGAGCCCGCAGACCCCCGGGGCGGCCACCCCGUCUCCGUCCACGCAAGAUCCUGAAGGGAGCCAGGAUGCAGGGUCGGAGCCAGACCCGGAGGUGCCCGGGGGCGCCGAGGACGUCCAAGGAGGAGCCCCACCUCCAUCGGCGUCCACGCCCGGAGAGCUCAAGUAAACCCCACCUGCUCCGCUCGGAUCUCCUUCUGACGGCGGAUGGGU